CCGAGAUCUCCCAGGUGGCGGCUGCCUCCCCCAGACAGGCUCGUCCAUAAUGACCAAACUAAGCACCCAGGUCAAAGGCUCCCUCAACAUCACCACCCCGGGGGUGCAGAUAUGGAGGAUCGAGGCCAUGCAGAUGGUGCCCGUUCCUUCCAGCACCUUCGGGAGCUUCUUCGAUGGCGAUUGCUACAUAGUCCUGGCUAUCCACAAGACUGGCAGCAACCUGUCCUACGACAUCCACUUCUGGAUCGGCCAGGACUCGUCCCAGGACGAGCAGGGAGCGGCCGCCAUCUAUACCACGCAGAUGGACGACUUCCUGGGAGGCCGGGCUGUCCAGCACCGCGAGGUCCAGGGCAACGAGAGCGACGCCUUCCGGGGCUACUUCAAGAAGGGCCUUGUAAUCCGGAAAGGGGGCGUGGCCUCUGGCCUGAGGCAGGUGGAGACUAACUCCUACAAUGUCCAGCGGCUGCUGCAUGUCAAGGGCAAGAGGAACGUGGUGGCUGGAGAGGUGGAGAUGUCCUGGAAGAGUUUCAACCGUGGGGAUGUAUUCCUCUUGGACCUCGGGAAGCUGAUCAUCCAGUGGAACGGGCCAGAGAGCAACCACCAGGAGAGACUCCGGGGCAUGAGCCUGGCCAAGGAGAUCCGAGACCAGGAGCGGGGUGGCCGAGCCUAUGUGUGUGUGGUGGACGGGGAGGACGAGAAGGCAUCCCCGCAGCUGAUGGAGGUGAUGUACCACCUGCUGGGACGGCAGCGGGAGCUGAAGGCAGCCGUGCCCGACUCAGUGGUGGAGCCAGCCCUCAAGGCCAACCUCAAGUUGUACCACGUGUCGGACUCCGAGGGAAAGCUGAUGGUUAGGGAAGUGGCCACGCGGCCGCUCAUGCAGGACCUGCUCAAUCACACGGACUGUUACAUCCUGGACCAGGGGGGCCUGAAGAUUUACGUGUGGAAGGGGAAGAACGCCAAUGCUGAGGAGAGGAAGGAAGCCAUGAGCCAGGCAUUGAACUUUAUCAAAGCGAAGCAGUACCCGCCCAGCACUCAGGUGGAGGUGCAGAACGAUGGGGCCGAGUCAGCUGUCUUCCAGCAGCUCUUCCAGAAAUGGACAGUGCCCAAACAGACCUCCGGCCUGGGCAAAACCUACACUGUGGGCUCCGUGGCCAAGGUGGAGCAGGUGAAGUUUGAUGCCACAUCCAUGCAUGUCCAGCCUCAGGUGGCUGCCCAGCAGAAGAUGGUAGACGACGGGAGCGGGGAGGUACAGGUGUGGCGCAUUGAGAACUUGGAGCUGGUGCCUGUGGAUUCCAAGUGGCUAGGCCAUUUCUACGGGGGCGACUGCUACCUGCUGCUCUACACCUACCUCAUCAGCCAGAAGCCGCACUACCUGCUUUACAUCUGGCAGGGCAGACAGGCCAGUCAGGAUGAAAUCGCAGCCUCAGCCUUUCAAGCCGUCAACCUUGACCAGCAGUACAACGGCGAACCAGUCCAGAUCCGGGUCCCUAUGGGCAAGGAGCCGCUCCACCUCAUGUCCAUUUUCAAGGGACGCAUGGUUGUCUACCAGGGAGGCACCUCUCGGGCUAACAACUUGGAGCCUGUGCCCUCCACGCGGCUGUUCCAGGUCCAAGGCACUGGAGAAAACAACACCAAAGCCCUUGAGGUCCCAGCCCGGGCCACCUCCCUCAACUCCAAUGAUGUCUUCAUCCUCAAGACCCAGUCCUGCUGUUACCUGUGGUAUGGGAAGGGCUGCAGCGGGGACGAGCGGGAGAUGGCUAAGAUGGUUGCUGACACCAUCUCCCGGACAGAGAAGCAAGUGGUGGUGGAAGGGCAGGAGCCGGCCAACUUCUGGAUGGCUCUGGGCGGGAAGGCCCCCUAUGCCAACACCAAAAGAUUGCAGGAGGAAACCCUGGUCAUCACCCCUCGGCUCUUUGAAUGUUCUAACAAGACAGGGUGCUUCCUGGCCACAGAAAUCGCUGACUUCAAUCAGGAUGACUUGGAAGAGGAUGAUGUGUUCCUGCUGGAUGUCUGGGACCAGGUCUUCUUCUGGAUUGGGAAGCACGCCAAUGAGGACGAGAAGAAAGCAGCAGCCACCACGGUGCAGGAAUACCUCAAGACCCACCCCAGCGGCCGUGACCCCGAGACCCCCAUCAUUGUAGUGAAGCAGGGACAUGAGCCCCCCACCUUCACGGGCUGGUUCUUGGCUUGGGACCCCUUCAAGUGGAGUAACACCAAAUCCUACGAGGACCUGAAGGGGGAACUUGGAAACCCUGGGGACUGGAACAAUAUCACUGCUGAGAUCAUCAGCCCCAAACUGGAUGUGUUCAAUGCUAACACCAUCCUCAAUGCUGGACCCCUCCCCAUCUUCCCCCUGGAGCAGCUGGUGAAUAAACCUGUGGAAGAGCUCCCUGAGGGUGUAGACCCCAGCAGGAAGGAGGAGCACCUGUCAAUUGAGGAUUUCACUAAGGCCUUGGGGAUGACUCCAGCUGCCUUCUCUGCCCUGCCUCGAUGGAAGCAACAAAACCUUAAGAAAGAAAAAGGACUAUUUUAAGAAGAGUAGCUGUGGUUGUAAAGCAGUGCCUUACCCUGCUCGUGGGGUUUUGUUUAUUACUGGUGUUAUUCCUAUCCCAAUUGAAGUGAAAUUUUACAGUUGUACCUAUGAGCAGCAGAAUCUGUGGCAAUGCCACUUCUGUGUGGUAACCUGCCUAUCCUCCAUAAGGAGCCUGUGAUCCCAAUUUCAGCUCUCCAGAAUGUGGCUGGAGUGUUACAUCACUUUUAACUAUCUUGGUCUAGAGCUCUCCCUUCUUAGAGGAGCAGUCAAACCCUCCCCAGAAUAUUAGAGCACCAAGGAGCCAUGCCAGGUUUUUCUUGGUCUUGGCUUUUCCUUUUUAUAUAAACUCCCCUCACCACCUUACUCAGGUCACAAUAGUUAAAGGAGAUCCCUUCUUUUUGAGAGAGCUCAGUGGCCUAGAAGAUCACUCUGUGAGAUUUCUCCAUACUCACUAACUAGUAUCUAGGGAGAACAGCGGAUCCACUGAGUCCUCGCUGAAGGCCUGAAGGCAAAUAUGAUAUGCAAAUGCUAGUUCACCCGUCCUGGUACUCUUAAUAAGUAAAGGAAGAGCUUAGCUAAGGCCAAUAUUGGGUUUACAAACCAUUAUUCAGAAGACUCUGCAAAGCUUCACAGGUUCCUCGGAGGAAAACGAUGGGAACUCAGUGGUGACUGCAGCCAUAUGUUAGUUUGCCACUCCGUUUCCUUUAAGGUGUAACAGUGCUGCAGAAAGUCCAAGUCAGAAGGUCAACAGGAAGAUGAUUUCCACAGCUUCAACUAGUUUUUAAAAAUGUCUGCAAGAACGAGUCCUUUUCAGAAAUAACAGUCAAACCAACAGAAGGUUAAUAAAGGCUUUAAUUUCACGCACACAAAAAACUCUAAGCAUAAUUUAAAAAGGAAACAAAAAUGAAAAACCGUAAAGGAUACAGAGGAACAGUUCUGCUAAAACACAGAUAAAGUGCUGCUCCAUACAAAACAACAUAAAGAAUCAGAAUCAAAAGUCACUCAGAACACAAAGGAAAAAAAUCACCUCACAAAUAAUGUGGCCAAAGCUGCCAGCCAACCUGGUAGUGGCUCAAUUAGGCAAAAUGUAGGAACCCCACUUCUGUUUUCCUCUCCAUAAGCAUAAAUAAAGAACACUGACAAUAGGCCAUAGAAAUUGGGGAGGGAAGGAAAAGACCAGAGGGAGGGUAACCUGGGUAAGAGGAAAAGGGGUGUCACAACUGCAUGUGGCCAUGUUCUUCAGUCAGGCCACUUUGUCCUCAAAACAGACCAGUUCAGUUGACUGCUCUUCUGUUUUGGCUUUGACCUUCUGACAAACCUGGGUCCUGAUCCAAACCCUCAUGCCAGUAGAGACACUUAUACUUUGAACCUCUGCCCUUUAGUAAUCAAAGCAUGCCAUAAAGGAUUCAAAACAAUUCUGUCAUAAAACUCUCACAGCCUAACCAUAGUUUUCCAAUAAAAUAAAAUAUAUAUAUUUUUAGAUGUUAAUAAGACAUUGAUAGAGAUAAAAUUAGCAUUUUGGAAUAAUACAUGUCAGAGGGCAAAAAUCUGUUGCUUUUGUACACACACAGUGUACACACUUACACUAAGUGUACAUACUCAGUGUAAAGCAAGAUGGGAGGAAAAGGACAUUAUCUGUUUCAUCAGGAUUCUUUAAUGUGACCUGCCACUGGUGUUGGGUUGGUGGUGAUUUUUCCUAAUAUCUCCCUAUAUAUACAAGAUUCAUGUGUACUUGGAAAUUUGUGUCUCUGAUUUAAAACAAAAGACCACAUGAGGAGGUCAAUUAAAUCAAAUGGGGGAGAAAAUGGAUGAAUAACUAAGAUAAUCCACUGCAGUCAUUUCAGAGGAGAGAAGAGGGAGAAUAAUAAUAUUUUUAUUUUUUUAAAUAUAACUUCUUCCCAAUAAAUCUCAAAUGAGUU